CGGCAUCAUACCUACUGAUACGUGUAUUUUUCCGGUUCUCCUUUCUCAUUUUUUAGCAUUCAUUCGUUGGCACGACUUAUCGUGAAGCACGGAAAAAUGUUAGGGUCAAUUAAAUUGCUUUUAUUUCUAAGUGUAAUUUAUUUAGCUAAGGCUUCGGAAGACGAUGUAUUAGACUUAACUGAUGCAGACUUCGAAAGUGUUAUUUCUCAGCAUGACACGGCUCUCGUCAUGUUUUAUGCUCCAUGGUGCGGUCACUGUAAACGUUUAAAACCCGAAUAUGCAGUAGCGGCCGGCAUUUUAAAGAACGAUGACCCUCCUGUAGCGUUGGCUAAGGUAGACUGUACUGAGGGUGGCAAGAGCCUUUGUGAGAAAUAUUCGGUCUCUGGAUAUCCCACCUUGAAGAUCUUCAGAAAAGGAGAGCUGUCCCAAGAAUACAAUGGCCCAAGAGAAUCAAAUGGAAUCGUCAAGCACAUGAAAGCCCAAGUUGGACCCAGCUCGAAGGAACUGCUCACAGUAGCCAACUUUGAAGACUUCCUUAAGAAGGAUGAGGUGGUUGUUGUUGGAUUCUUUGAAAAGGAGUCUGAUCUGAAGGGUGAUUUCCUGAAGGUCGCUGACAAGAUGCGGGAAGAAAUUACCUUUGGGCACUCCUCAGCUAAGGAUGUUCUAGAAAAGGCUGGAUACAAGAACAACGUAGUUCUAUACCGUCCUAAACGCCUCCAGAACAAAUUCGAAGAGUCAUCAGUGGAAUACAAAGGGGAAGAGGACUCAUUGAAAGCAUUUAUUAAGGCUAACUACCAUGGUUUGGUGGGAAUUCGUCAGAAGGACAAUAUGAGGGACUUCACUGACCCACUUGUUGUUGCUUACUUUGAUGUGGACUAUGUUAAGAAUGCUAAAGGUACCAACUACUGGAGGAACCGUGUGCUGAAGGUUGCCAAAGAAGUAGAUGAGGUGUCAUUCGCCAUUAGUGACAAGGAUGAUUUUACGCAUGAGUUGAAUGACUAUGGCAUUGACUUUGCAAAGAGAGACAAGCCUGUAGUAUCUGGUCGUGAUGCAGAUGGCAACAAAUUUGUUAUGAGUACAGAGUUCAGCAUUGAAACCCUACUGGCGUUCAGCAAAGACCUUCUUGCUGGCAAACUGGAGCCAUUCAUCAAGUCAGAACCAGUACCAGAAAGCCAGGGUGCAGUUAAAGUUGCAGUUGGCAAGAACUUCAAGGAAUUAGUUACUGACAGUGAACGCGAUGCUCUUGUGGAAUUCUAUGCCCCUUGGUGUGGUCAUUGCCAGAAGCUUACACCAAUUUGGGAUGAACUUGGUGAAAAGCUUAAGGAUGAAGAGGUAGAUAUUGUGAAGAUUGAUGCAACCGCUAAUGACUGGCCUAAGUCUCUUUAUGAUGUUUCUGGAUUCCCAACUAUCUACUGGAAACCCAAGGAUUUAAGCAAACGUCCCGUUAGAUACAAUGGUGGCCGUGCUAUUGAAGACUUCCUUAAAUAUAUAUCAGAACAAGCCACCAAUGAGCUCAAUGGUUGGGACCGAAAGGGCAAUGUGAAGAAGGAUGAGCUGUAGAGUUGUGAUUUACUUUCCAUGAAAGAUCUGUGAGCUGCGUGUGUGAAUGAUUUAAAUGUUAAAGAUU